AUAUCAUCACCCUGCUACUGCAAAUUGACGGGGAAAACUGUUUGACCAUGAUGUCCCUGUACUUGGCAGUGUUGGUGCUCUGUAUGAGUGCUGUGUAUGCGGCCCCUAUGUUUGACUCUCAGUUGGAGGGCCACUGGCACUUGUGGAAGAACUGGCACAGUAAGAACUACCAUGAGAGCGAGGAGGGCUGGAGGAGGAUGGUUUGGGAAAAGAACCUGAAGAAGAUUGAGAUGCACAACCUGGACCAUUCUAUGGGAAAACACUCCUACCGUCUGGGCAUGAACAACUUUGGUGACAUGACCAACGAAGAGUUCGGGCAGCUCAUGAACGGCUACAAGCAGACGACUGAGAGGAAGUACAAGGGCUCUCUGUUCAUGGAGCCCAAUUACCUGCAGGCCCCUAAAGCUGUGGACUGGAGAGAGAAGGGCUACGUCACUCCCGUCAUGGACCAGGGCACAUGUGGGUCUUGCUGGGCGUUCAGUUCCACCGGAGCCAUAGAGGGCCAGCUAUUCAAGAAGACUGGCAAUCUGGUGUCUCUGAGUAAACAGAACUUGGUGGACUGCUCCAGACCCCAGGGCAACGAUGGCUGUGAAGGAGGACUCAUGGACCAGGCGUUCCAGUAUGUAAUGGACAACGGUGGCCUGGACACAGAGGCGUCCUACCCCUAUGUGGGCAAGGAUGAUGAACUUUGCCACUACCGACCAGAGUUCAGUGCCGUCAAUGAAACCGGCUACGUGGACAUCCCCAGUGGCAAGGAGCACACUCUGAUGAAGGCUGUGGCGUCUGUCGGCCCCGUCUCUGUCGCCAUCGAUGGCAGCCAUGAAUCUUUCCAGUUCUACCAUUCUGGGAUCUAUUAUGAGGAGGAGUGCAGCAGUGAGGAGCUUGACCAUGGAGUUCUGGUGGUGGGAUACGGUUUUGAAGGAGAGGAUGUAGAUGGCAAGAAAUUCUGGAUUGUCAAGAACAGCUGGAGUGAUAAGUGGGGAGACAAAGGCUACAUCUACAUGGCCAAAGACAGAAAGAACCACUGUGGCAUUGCCACGGCAGCCAGCUACCCACUGGUCUAGUGUUCUACAACCUGGAGGUUCUAGUACACUAGACCUUAGUUUUGGAAAU